AUGAGCUUAAAUACUACUAGUUUGAUUGUGCUCACCCCGAAGGAUACCUGUUCGACGUCUCAAGAUAUGGAGCUAAUGCCGCGUGCACUAUCAGCUGAACAAAGGCGGCAGUUUCUCCAGAGGAAUAAGCUUAAGGCCAAGCCAAACGCAUAUCCGGUCACGGAUGGUGUAUUCGUCAGGAGAGCCAAUUGUUAUUUGAAAGCAGACAGAGUAAAAUGCACCAAGUUCUGCGUUUACCAAUUCGGAAGAAGCGCUCAAGGAUUGUGUAAUGCAGACAGGUGUAGAUGUUUCACGAACCCGAAGAUCUCUCCGAAAAACCAACUUACCGCUUGCGAACAGGCGAGAAGAAGGCUGGCGUUUUUGGAGGCACGCUUGCGAGCUAUCAUGCGCAAAGAUCCAUCCUCCCGGACGCCGGAGGAGAGACGGUUCCUCCAAGAGGUAUCUAAAAAUCCGCGAGUCAUCCAACGUAUCAACUCGUCACGCAGACCACGUAAGACUAGAGCAACGACACCUAGACGCGCGUCAACCCCCAGGUAUACAAACUUUCAAUCGAUCCAAAGAAAAGCUCCAAACGCAAGGAAUUCACCCAGAAAGUCUCCAGCGCCGGCUAUCAAGUUCGUAUCGGACCCUAAGGGUCCCCAAUUCCCAGUCAACCGGAACAAGGCUCAAUCAGCAUCGAAAAGGGUCGCUGUGAGCCAGAGGAGGAGGGGACAAAGCCCUGGAAAGGGUGUAACUGGUGCAAGGCAAUCUCCAAAGAUAGGCCGAAAUCCUCCCAUGAAUACACGCCCAAAUCCCGGUAAAGGAGGACCUAAAGCUUCCUCGCCGAAGUUUCGGCAACAAACGCCAGGAAAACGUCAGGAUGGUAACGCUUAUGGAAAUAAUCGCAAUUCCCAGCCGAACCCCCCGCGGAGAAACGGCGUUGCACAGAGUCCGAAGAAGGGUGCACCAACCCCGAAGCAGGAUCCCAAGAGAGGUGGCAGUCCGAAAAACAAACAGAAAAGCCCCAAAGGAGGAGGUCCUUACGGUCCUACGUCAAAAGAUACGCUGCCCCCGCCAAGAGGACGUCCUGGAAAUGAUCACAAAGCGAGAGGCGAGGACAAGUUCCAGGAGAGUCCUCCAAGCGGGUACGGCGGGCAAAAAGAACAAGCUCGACCUCAAAACGCUGGUAGAGGAGGAGGAGGAGGGGGAGGCAGAGUGCCUACUCCAGGCAAAGGAGUAAAUGGUGGAGGAAAAUCACCUGGCGCAGGAAAGGGGGCAGGAUAUGGAAACCGGCCCGAAGAGUCCGAUGAAGAUGAUGAGUCAAAAGAGGAGGGCAACAACGGAGGCUACAACGGAGGGGGCAGAAUACCUGGCAACAAUGGCCAGAAUGGAGGUCGCAACGGAGGGGGCAGAACACCUGGCAACGGUGGCUACAAUGGAGGCCCCAAUGGAGGAGGAAAAUCACCAUAUUCUGGGACAGGAAACAGACCACCUGGGGGAGGUGGAGGAGGAAAUAACCCUGGCGCAAGAAAUGGGGCAGGAUAUAGAAACCCGCCAAAAGAGUCCGAUGAAGAUGAUGAGUCGAGAGAGGAAGGCAACAAUGGAGGCUACAACGGAGGAGGCAGAAUAGAUGGCAACAAUGGCCAGAAUGGAGGCCGCAAUGGAGGGGGCAGAACACCUGGCAACGGUGGCUACAAUGGAGGCGGAAAAUCACCUGGCAGACCUCAUUCCGCGGCAGGAAACAGACCGCCUGGGGGAGGCGGAGGAGGAAAUUAUCAUGGCGCAGGAAAAGGGGCCCCAUAUGGAAACUCGGGGCUAACGUCCAGUGAAGAAAUCAACUCCAAAGAAGAUUACAGUAGCGAAUCAGGCGGCUAUGGAGGAAAUAAAAAUCACCCCCAUCAAACAGGCCCCGCAAAAACAAAUCCGCGAGCGCCUGCAACAACGCCAAAUAGUGGCAAUCAGAAUGGCAACGGAAAAGAUGGGACGAGACAAAAUCCGUAUCGAACUCCUAGCCGCCCGAAUUCCCAAUCAGGAAAGAUGCCUGUAGAUUCCAACACAGGACAAACGGUCCCUCCAAACAGGGUACUUGAAGAUCCUAUAACCGGGAAGCAGGAGGUCGUGCCGCCAGGCAGUCAAGUGGUCACGGAUCAGAAAACCGGGGAGCAAAUAGUUGUACCAGCGGGCUCUCAAGUGACCCACGAUGCUAAAACUGGGGACCCGGUGGUUGUGCCUCCGGGUCACCAAAUCGACCCCUUGACGGGCCAUACGUUCCUGCCGAACCACACCGCGCCGAAACCCGUAAUCACCGAAGAUGGCGCUUGCCCGGUAGCUCCAGGAAACCAUCAGGAUCCACCAGUGCCCCCGCACAACAAGUACGAAAACCCUGAUCUACCACCGCAAGCACCCGGGCACCAUAACCAGAAUGUACCACCGCCAGUACCGGAAUACCAAAAACAGAAUGGACCACAGUUGGACGAAUACGGAAGACCGAUUCCACCACCCCGGGACGACUAUCCACCACGGUUGGACGAAUACGGAAGACCGAUUCCACCACCGCGGGACGACUAUCCACCACGGUUGGACGAAUACGGAAGACCGAUUCCACCGCCGCGGGACGACUAUCCGAAAGGACCACAGUUGGACGAAUACGGAAGACCGAUACCGCCGCCAUAUGAGGACCCGAGGCAGCGAAGGAACAGGCGGUAUGAGGAGGAUGAUCAAUAUGGUGAUGAAUUCAGCGGGGAACACGAUGACCCGAAUGACGAUGAAUAUGUUGAUCCUGAUACGAUCGAUCCAAACACCUUGAGUCGAGAGGAUCGCGAAAUUUGGAGGCAGAUGAAACGGGAUAAAGAGGAAAGGCUGCGGGCCGAGGCUGCGGAGUACGAACGUGCCCAAAGGUAUCAGAACAAUAAUCAACGGAAUCAGAACAAUGGUCCGGAGUAUCCGAGCAAUAAUCAACGGCAUCAGAACAAUAAUCAAGAUUAUGAUCGGGACGACGGGUACGCGGGAAACGGGUACGGUGGCAAUAAUAAAAAUGGUAAUAAUCAAGGAGGGUACCAGCGCAACAGAGAUUACUAA